CCUUGUCUUCUAACCUAUCUCAGCCCGAACCGGCCGAUGGCGGCGCGCCGCUCCGCCACGCCCGGCCGCCGCAGCUGCUUCCCCUCAACCGCCGCCCGUCCUCACGCCCAGUAGCCCCAGCUCGGUCUCCGCUCCCCCGCGCCGCCUCUCUCCUGUGCACGUCCGCUCGCCACCUGCUUGACCCGCUCAUUCCCCACCCCCGCCCCCUUCCUCUGCCGGAAGGACGACGCCCUCUUUUGCUGGAUGUCGAUGAGGAGUUGCUAUUCUUCUUCUCCUUUCCUCCGUGGGAUCUCUAGAGCGGCGUGGAGGCACGCGGUGGCCGGCACUCCGAGUCUGAGCGGCAGCCACAAUCUGUGCCACUUGCCCCUCCGGCCUCGCGUGCCGCCCAUCGCCCUCGGCCUUGCUGGACGCUUCUUCUCUUCCUCCUCAUCCAAAUCCAAGCGCUCCACCAAGAAAUCUGCCGCAAAGAAGGACACGCCGACGGGCUCUGCCGGCGGCGGCCAGUUCUAUGUCGUCCGCAAGGGGGAUGUCAUCGGCAUCUACAAGGACCUCGCCGACUGCCAAGCUCAAGUCAGCAAUUCGGUCUGCGAUCCUUCAGCGACCGUGUACAAAGGCUGCUCUCUGCGUAAAGAAACCGAGGAGUAUCUCGCAAAGCGUGGGCUAAAGAAUGCUCUGUAUUCGAUCAACGCAGCAGAUGCAAGAGAUGAGUUGUUUGAUGCUCUGGCUCCCUGCCCUUUCCAGCAGCCUGAUGGAAUUGCAUCCUCUGCUUUGGAAACCGGACCAUCAAAGAAGCAUCCCAAAGUCGCUGAACAGGAGCCGUUACCUGAUAGUCAUCUGUCCUGCAUUCUCGAGUUUGAUGGUGCUUGCAAAGGAAACCCUGGGAAAUCAGGUGCCGGCGUGAUAAUCAGGCGACCGGACGGAUCCGUGAUCGCUCACCUACGCGAGGGUUUGGGUAUUGCAACAUGUAAUGCCGCUGAAUAUCACGCAUUGCUCCUGGGGUUGAGGUAUGCUGCUAACAAGGGAUUCAAGUACGUUCGUGCUCAAGGCGAUUCUAAGCUUGUCUGUAACCAGGUCCAGGAUCUCUGGCGUGUUAGGAAUGAUAAUAUGGCUGACUUGUGCAAGAAAGCUAAGGAGCUCAAGGGAAAGUUUCUUCAGUUUCAGAUCAACCAUGCUUUGAGGAAAUUUAAUGCAGAUGCUGAUGCCCAAGCUAACUUUGCUGUUGAACUUCCUGUUGGUGAAGUUCAAGAGCAGACAAACUUCCCAUGCUAGCUAGUGGUUGUGCGUUGUGCUUCUGGGCAGUUCGCGUCCUGCUCCACCUUUUUUUGCUGCCACUGAAGCUAUGUGACAUCUGCUCAUUUCACAUUGACAGAAACAAGAAUUCAAAGUCGAGCAGUUGGUGCGUAAUUUGCGGUUGAUCCGUGUGGUUGCGAGCUGGAGUCGAGAUAUUCGGAUAAGAAGUGUAAGCUGAGGAAAUUGUGCCUAGAUUUUUGGAUGAGCUUGAGUAGAAGCUUGGCACUAGUAUUUAACUUGCUGGUAUUAUGGAGACUACA